GCAGGCGCCGCCGGGGCCACCCCCGCCGCCAUGUUUCCCCCGCCCGAGCGCUCCCCCCCACUGCCCCCUCCCUCCCCAACUGGGUUCCCGCCCCCCUCCCUCAGCAGCCCCCCCACACCCUGGUGAGGUCAGGCGGAGGCUCUGCCGCUGCGGCCGCAGUAGCUCGGCUCCUAUUCCCGGGAAGCCAGGAACGGGGACUUUUGAAAAUAACUGGAGCGGCAUUCGGGUUAGGGUCCCUGCUCUCCGCCUGCGCCAGGACAGGGUGAAGUGGUCGGGGCGAGCAGAGGGUGCGAAGGUGCGGGUGCUGGUGCCUCGCAGCAGGAGGGAGCCCCGGCUGCGCCGCGCGACUCCCUCUUUGGCCCUCGGAGCGCAGCACCCGGCGGACAAGCGGCGGAACGCCAGGACGCGGCGAGCAAGAUCUCUCGUGGAAGAGGAAGACCAACACAUGAAAUUGUCCCUUGGAGGCAGCGAAAUGGGCCUCUCAUCCCAUUUGCAGUCUUCCAAGGCAGGACCUACACGCAUCUUUACCAGCAAUACCCACAGUUCUGUGGUGUUACAGGGCUUUGACCAGCUUCGACUUGAAGGAUUGCUUUGUGAUGUGACCCUGAUGCCAGGUGACACAGAUGAUGCUUUCCCUGUGCAUAGAGUCAUGAUGGCAUCUGCUAGUGAUUACUUCAAGGCUAUGUUCACAGGUGGAAUGAAAGAACAAGAUUUAAUGUGCAUUAAACUUCAUGGUGUGAGCAAAGUCGGUCUAAGGAAAAUUAUUGAUUUCAUUUAUACUGCAAAGCUUUCUCUUAAUAUGGACAACCUUCAAGACACGCUGGAAGCUGCCAGUUUUCUACAGAUUCUGCCAGUUUUGGACUUCUGUAAAGUAUUUCUCAUAUCUGGGGUCACUUUAGACAAUUGUGUUGAAGUUGGACGGAUUGCCAACACCUACAAUCUAACCGAAGUGGAUAAAUACGUUAACAGUUUCGUCUUGAAGAAUUUUCCUACAUUGCUGAGCACGGGGGAGUUCUUGAAACUCCCUUUUGAGCGUCUUGCCUUUGUGCUUUCCAGUAAUAGCCUUAAGCACUGUACUGAACUGGAGCUCUUUAAGGCUACCUGUCGUUGGCUUCGCCUGGAAGAGCCUCGGAUGGACUUUGCUGCAAAAUUAAUGAAGAACAUACGAUUUCCACUGAUGACACCACAGGAGCUCAUUAAUUAUGUGCAAACAGUGGAUUUCAUGAGAACUGACAAUACUUGUGUGAAUUUGCUUUUGGAAGCCAGCAAUUACCAAAUGAUGCCAUAUAUGCAGCCAGUUAUGCAGUCAGACAGGACUGCCAUUAGGUCUGACACCACUCACUUGGUUACAUUAGGAGGAGUGCUGAGGCAGCAGCUGGUUGUCAGUAAGGAAUUGCGCAUGUAUGAUGAAAAGGCCCAUGAGUGGAAAUCGUUAGCCCCCAUGGAUGCCCCAAGGUACCAGCAUGGCAUCGCCGUCAUUGGAAAUUUUCUCUAUGUGGUUGGUGGACAGAGUAAUUAUGAUACAAAAGGAAAAACGGCAGUUGAUACAGUCUUCAGAUUUGAUCCUCGAUACAAUAAAUGGAUGCAAGUUGCAUCUUUAAAUGAAAAGCGCACCUUCUUCCACCUAAGUGCCCUCAAAGGAUAUCUGUAUGCAGUUGGUGGGCGAAAUGCAGCAGGUGAACUGCCCACAGUAGAAUGUUACAAUCCAAGAACAAAUGAAUGGACCUAUGUUGCCAAAAUGAGUGAGCCCCACUAUGGCCAUGCUGGAACUGUGUAUGGAGGAGUGAUGUAUAUUUCAGGAGGAAUUACUCAUGAUACUUUUCAAAAGGAGCUCAUGUGCUUUGACCCUGAUACUGACAAAUGGAUCCAGAAGGCGCCAAUGACCACUGUCAGAGGUCUGCAUUGCAUGUGUACAGUGGGAGAAAGGCUCUAUGUCAUUGGUGGCAAUCACUUCAGAGGAACAAGUGAUUAUGAUGAUGUCCUAAGCUGUGAAUACUAUUCACCUAUCCUUGACCAGUGGACCCCAAUUGCUGCCAUGUUAAGAGGGCAGAGUGAUGUUGGGGUCGCUGUCUUCGAAAAUAAAAUCUAUGUGGUUGGGGGGUAUUCUUGGAAUAAUCGUUGUAUGGUAGAGAUAGUGCAGAAAUAUGAUCCAGAUAAAGAUGAAUGGCAUAAGGUUUUUGAUCUCCCAGAAUCCCUUGGCGGCAUUCGUGCUUGCACACUCACAGUUUUUCCACCAGAAGAAACCACACCAUCACCUUCUAGAGAGUCCCCUCUUUCUGCAUCUUAAGAUCAUCUCCACAACUAAGAUGCUGUAGUUCUAUCUUUGCAAUGUGUCAUAAAUUCUCUUCUUUUUCCCCCUUAAGUAGUAUAUAUGUUAGGAUUAGCCUCUGGUAAUUGAUACAGAUAUUGGAAAAAAGACAACAUUGAUGUUAUUUGUGCUCUUUGUUUGGCCUAGAAUGUUUAUAAAGUGGUAACACAACCAUUCUGGAAAUGUAUCCCAUAGAAGCUGAUGUUUAACAUAUGAAAGAAAAGUAUUGUCUAUAAAAUGUUUCUUCAGUACUUUUUAAAUGCUGUGUAUUGGGUGUAAGGUAUUUGUCAUCUUACAUUAGUAAACCCAAUAAGCCAAGUUGAAGGUGGAUUAUAGUAAAUGUACAACUGUGCUCACUAGGCUUCAAGUAAAAAGUUUUCCUUUCAUCUUUGACUGUAAGAUGUCAAAGGGAGGCAGCCUGCUUGAACAGGAAACAAUACACAAAAGGUUGCCAACUCGCAUGAGCUACCUCCCUCUUUUCAUAAAGUAUUUUUGACAUAUCUGUCAACCCACUUGACUGUGUGGGUGCAUUGAGAACACAAAGUUUCUUAGACACACAGGAGAAGUAGCUUAAAUUCACUAAUAAUUUAAAAAGCAGCAUGAACCCUCUACUUAUAAACAAGGGUUUGGUGUUUUUAAAGUGUGUAUACAUACAUACACAUACACACAUACACAUAUGUCAAAUAUAAUAUUUUUAAAAAUUGAGUGGCACAUCAAAGAAAUGUGAAAUUAAAAAGAAUUCUUCCAAAAAGCAGCUUCCAUUAAAAUGGGAAUUCAGUAUGCACAUACUGAAUGCAUAUAUGUAGAACCAUACAGAAUUUAGGUGGAUAAGGGCUAGAAAUUUUGAGCAACAAAAUUUGUCACUUGACCAGAUUUUAUCUUCAAAAACUGUAUUCUACUCCUUCUCCUUUGCUGUUGAGGUAACUUGCAUAUUAUAUGUAUUCUGUAUACUCAGUUCAUAAGGUUAUUUAGCACAAAGUAUAGCAGCUUCACCUGGAGAGCUGCUUUUGCUCAGUAAAUUCAACUUCCAUGUUUUAUCUUUUUUUGUUCAAUAAAAACUUUUAAUGUCA